GGCCCAGGUCACACGCACGCUCGCCGUCCGAAAAUAAACUGCCACCGUUACCGUGAUCAUUCAAAAGUAGUAACGCAACCGCCAACAGUCGCCACACGGUCCGGGGGUACGCGGUUCGUGAUUUUGUGGUGAAUUCGAUCGAUCGUCGUACGCACGUUGUCAAACCGUUGCAUUAUUGUGGUGUGUGUCUGUCACAGAGAGAGAGAGAGAGGGUGAGAGGGUGAGAGUGAUUUUCCCGAUCAGAAGAAGAAAAAUAAGUGACACAGUGUGCAUAAAGUCGUUACCGUGAUAGGCACGGCGCGGAGCGUACGCCGUUGCAUUUUGUGUUGCACGGUCAAACACAAAAAGGGUUUUUUUUUUGGUCCGUUCGGUGCAUCUUUCUAACCUUAGUCAAAAGUUUCGUUCGUUCGUCGAUCGAACACGGUGACGAAAACCAAAACGCGACGCGAAACCGUGGUGUGCGGCAUUUUAUUUUUUGGUGUUUGCGUGUGUUUCACUUUCGUUGCGUUGAAGCUGUACGGGGAGGAGGGUCCAGCGAAAGGGUCAGCACAUGUUUGCUGCAGCACACUCUCAAUGCGGCCGUUGAGUUUUGUUAUGUGAUCGAUGAAAUUCGCGCGAUCGCAGCCUCCAAACGGGCGUCUUUGUCGUCAGCGCGCCAACCCCCCAAAACAGUGCCCGAAAAGGAAAGAAGGAAUCGAACGAAGCAGACGCGAAGCAACGGCAGAAACAUAAGUAGAGCCGUGCGCGGUGCGGUAUCGUGCAAUCGGUUUGGCCGAAAAAUUGCAGCAACAAGUGGGGCGGAAAAUUUGGCCCCACGCUCAUUUGCUUGAUUUGCUUGGCGUCGCGUAUCCGAUCAGGGUGAUCUUCGACCACGAUUCGUGGUGUGACGAAGAGAGCCAAACAAAGCCAAAAACCGCCAAAGAUUAAGCGCAGUACACGAAAGGGUUGCAAAUCGGCCAAGUGAAGAUCCGCAAUCGGUGCGAAUGUGUGUUCCGGGAUCUCUGGCCGCCGCAACGCCGUUUCCGUUUCGUCCGUGGCCGGGUGUGAUAAUAAAGAUUACGUAAACAAAGUACACCCCAAACGGUCUGCCAAGCAGCCUGUCUGGCAUUGUGUAGCUUCGCUCGACCUGACCCGACCCGUGGUGUGAACUGGAGUGUGGUGUGGUUGUGCGGGAAGGAAAACAAGCCGAAGAAAGCGUCCAAAGAGAGAAAGAGGAAGAGAAAGAGAGAGAGAGAGAGAGAGCGAGAGAGAGAAACCACACCCUUGGUCCAUGGUUUUCUGUGUAACACGGCAGCUGAUCCAACGUUGUAAAGCAGAAGAUUUAGCGGCAAAAGGUGACGUAGAACACGAACCUUUUGCUAUAAACCAUUGAGGGAAAGCAGAGAGAAGAAAUCAAAAACCGUUUGCAGCUGUUGCAGCCGGAACGACGCGCCAGUAGAUCACAAGGAAACAAUUUUUUUCGAACACCGAUAUCAAGAUGGUGAAGAAGUGCCGCCGUUCCAUUAUCUGCGUUGCAGUCCUUUUCGUAGGGCUGGGCUUUAUAACCCUCACCCAGGCUGGACAGACAACAGCAGCAGCAGCAGCAGCGGGCAAUGAUGGAGCAGACAACACAAACAACAUGAUUAACGCGACCCAAACCGAUGCGCAAUCGGCAUCCAGUUGCAAUGGGACACAGAGCACCACUUCCGAUACGGGAACCAGCAUCCCCUGCACGGGGGGUGGAACCCUCCGAACGCCACAUCCAUUGGGAGGCAAAUUAAAUAAUGCGUCGUGCGUGAGUGCGUUCUGCGGUGCCGAGGGUGACCCGGUGAUGGGGCACGCUACGGAGGAGCUAGAUGACGUUGUGAUUAACGCCACCGUCAGCAAGGGCGGCCACUCCCAACAGCAUCAACAUCGAUCACAUCUCCUACCACCGGCACUGGUGGGCGCAGAUGAGGAAGGUCCGGCCGACCGGGGGGCGACACUCGAGUACGGUGGCAAGCGGGUGGUGCUGAAGGCGGAAGUGCUUAAGCACACUUCCGUUCUGUACGGUCUCAUCUCGAUCGCCGAACGGGACGAACUGUCGGAACGAUGCUACCGUGAGCUGCAGCGCGUCUACCAUGGCAUACAGCAGAAGGAAAUCUGGGCGAUGAAAGUGCUGGAUGCAUCUGGUAGCCAGGAGUCAGGCUUCAUGUGGGGCCACAACCACUGGAUCGGUUCAGAAAAGGGGUGUGAAUCGACGCGUACGCCCCUCUCGAUCACGCUCUCCGAUCGGUAUCGGCGCAACAUGAAGCGCAAUCUGGUCACCGCCCUUGCACCGUUCGAACUUGACUAUCGGAUCGUGUUCGCCAAGCAUCAGUCAGCGUGGCAGGUGGAUGUAAAGUUCCAGAGCGAGAACAUUCUCCACAUCGGUGUGUGCAUUCCGCGAUCGUGCACGAACGACGAGUUGCACAAUCUGACGGCGCGCUACUUCGACGAGAACCUCGUCCUGGCGCAAGACAUCUACGAGUUCAAACCGAACGUGCUGCACGUGAAGAACACCACGCUCGAUCGUGCCUUCUGGUCGAAGCCGAGCGUUUUCAUCAUCGGACUCUCACUCGCCUUCACGUUGAUGAUGGUUUACUUGGCGCAUAGCAGAGAGCAACGUUCGAUCGAGGAAAAGAAUAAUAACCAUUCGGCCGGUCCAACAACUGCACCUGACGUUGCAGCAUCCGUCGGUAGCGAUCUUGCAGAAGAAAGCACCUUCAUCGAUCGUGUGAUCGAUAGUUUCAAUCUGCGCAAAAACCUAAACACAAUCUUCCGCACAGACAUCGCACCUCAAUCGCUGCCCGUAAUUUGUGGAAUGAAAUCGAUCUGUUGCUUCCUGAUUCUGUGCUUCCACAUGCAAUGGUACACCUUCUACACCGUGCACAACCCAUCGGUAAUGCUCCACUACGCCGAACAGGUACGGUUCCAGCUGGUCAGUAAUGCGCCCCUGCUGGUGGACGUUUUCUUCGCCAUCAGUGGCUUUCUGCUGAGCUACAACUUCAUCCGCAACCGGUCCAAAGUGCAGGAGGUCAAGGCGAAUACGGUCUGGGAAAAUGGCAAGCUGUACGGCAAGAUGCUAUUGCAUCGUUACCUCCGCCUUUCUCCAAUGUACCUGUUCGUGACGGUUUUGGGCGAGCUGACGCACAGCUACAUCGUGGAGACGUCCAAGUUUUGGGUGCACGAACGAUCCGAUCUCGGCUGUCAACGGUACUGGUGGCGCAAUCUGUUUUACAUCCAGAACCUCUACCCGGUGGACGAUUUCUGUCUCACCUGGACCUGGUCGUUGGCCUGCGAGAUGCAGUACUACAUGCUAUUUACCGUGCUGCUCUUUGUCUACGCCAAGAGCUCAAAGUUCGGCAAGAAGGUGUUCGGUAUGUUCGCGAUCGGCACGCUGCUGUUUAACAUUGCGCUGACGCUGAACUAUCGAUUCAUACCGUCGUACGACGUGCUGUACAACACGGGCGAUGCACUGUACACGGCGCCCUGGUCUCGAGUGUCUCCGUACGUGGUCGGGGUCUACUUUGGAUGGCUGCUGGCGUCGAGUCGUGACAAGUUCACCAUCACACAGAAUCAAUACCGGUGGUACUGGCUGUUGGCUUGCUUCUGUGUGACCUUCAGCAUGCACUCCACGAUUAAGCGCAACUUCCCGUUCCCGAUUGCCUCGACCGUCAUGGUGGCCGUACGGUGGCUGAUCUCGUGGGCUGCUUGCUGGGUGAUACUAGCCACCGGAUGUGGCUACUCAAAUAUUGUAACGCGAGUGCUUUCUUCAAAAUUCUUCGUUCACAUCAACAAACUCACGUACGGGAUCUAUCUGCUAAAUCCACUGAUAAUCAUCGUCACCUUUGGCGUGUCUGAUUCCAGUGUCCACGCCGACCCUAUACCAGCGAUCGUAAUGGCGUUCGGCGUAACCGUGCUUUCCUACAUAGCAGCGAUCGUGUUUUCCGCCUUCUUCGAGAUACCUUACUGUAGAAUCUCGAACGAAAUCUUAAAGCUCAACCGCAAGGUUUCCAACACUUCCACCGCUCGCCCUUCCCCCACGAUCGUCAGUGAACCCAAACAUCCACCAUUUCCUGCGGUGAUCGAGAGUGAACGAAAGAUUAAGUGAUAAGCGUUUGCAUGGGAGUGGUGCAUCGUUUCACGCAUAUCCUUAAUUCUCGCUAUCCCUAUUCCCAACCAUUCUCGCGUUCCUUCCUUUCUUAAGUCGGUUCGGGCGGUUCAGGCGCCCACCGGCGAACGAAGGAAGUGGUCUGGUAGGUUCUCGGCUCGGUUCGCCCAAAAUCCAGUCGAAUUAGUUUUGUAAGGCAGUGCAGCAUGUGAUAUCUCUUCUUGUCGGUGAUUCUUAUCGAUGCGGAGAAGGAACGAAGCAGUAGAAGGAAGCUGGAUCUUGCCGUCUCCAAGAGUUUAAGUGUGUACGACCAGUUCAGCGCUGAUCAGUUUACUAUGUGCGAAAAGCUAUUUAUUAAUUUAGUUGUUUAAGGGAAUUGAGCAGCGAAGGACGUAGGAAUAAACGAACAUAAGCAUCCAACACCGUUUGACCUUCAGCAGUGUUUGCGAAAUGGAGAAGCAACCAGAGAAAUUCGUUCCAUGAUGACAUGUCCUUUCGCCCUUUAAUGAGCUCUUAUAUUGAGCGGUUGUGCAAAGCCAGCAUUUAUUGCAGAAGGUGCUGUGCGUUUAUCGUCUUCGCCGUUUGAUGGUGGAUAAAUAAGAAAAAAUCAACCCCACUGGAUCAAGGUCGUGCAUGACAUGCAGAUCGUACGAUGCCCUGUAGCGCCCAUCCUGAGGAUGCUGACAAAAGCCGGCGGGCACGGUAAUCUUCGCUUGUAUAAUGUGUGCGGCGAAAGACAUAAAAGGGGGAUCGGAAAAGGGAAGGGAAAGAGGCAAAGGAAAGGAAAAGGAGAAAGCGAGAGUGUGUGUAGAUGUAAUCGCAAAUGCUACAUGGUAGAGUGAUUUCCCCCCCCCCC